AUGGACAAUGGUACAAGCGCUGAAGCGCUCAAAAAAGCCGCUCCGAAACUUCCACUAUCCAAAGUUAAACGCAUUGCCAAAGUCGAUCCGGACUAUACCAUUACCUCGCAAUCCGCUGUCGCAGCUGUGGCUUUCGCUACCGAGCUGUUUGUGCAGGUGCUAACCGAGGAAGGCUUGGCAAGGUCACAACUGGAGAAGCCUAGUGGCUCGAGGCUGUCCCUACGCUACGACAACAUAGCUGCGGUGGUAUCCAGUUCGGAUCGAUUCGAAUUCCUUUCGGAUGUCAUUCCGGAAACCCAAAAUUUAGUGACCUUGACGCGGGAAAACAGAGUGAGGUAUACAGCUGUUGCACCUGGUCAAAGUAUGCUCCCGUUCAGAGCUCGUGAGGAGGCCACUGAGGUAGACGACGGAGAUGCGCCAGAGGAUGAUUUGGCUGACGCAGCAGUUGCGCCGGAUUACGACGGCGAUCAGCAAGGCUGGGAAGAUCUUCCGGAACACGAGAGGCUGCAAUUAAGAAGCAACGCAGAAAUUGAUCUUAAACCAGAGCCUGAGUCUGAACCUGAACCAGAGCCAGAGUCGGAAAACGAACCUGAACCCGAUGGCGAAGAUACUGCUGAAGUAGGCGUCGAAGCUAUAGAGACCGAUGCAGAGGAAUAA